GUUUGGUUAGCUAGACUCGGUUAUAUAAAUAAAAAUGAACAAGUACACAUGUCUUUCAAUUGGAAACUUAUUCUUUUCUUUUUUUUUGAAUUCAAAAUUGGAAACUUCUUUUUUUUUAUGGAGAGGCUUGGGAUUCAAAAUCCAGUUCUGGUUUCAUUUCUCCUCAUCAUCUCCUCUAACUAUUUUGCUUCGAGUCAAAACGACGUCGGAUCCAAGCAUGAGUGGACUCCGUUUCGAGUCCAAGUCAGGGUAGGGUUAGUUUUGGAUUUGGGUUCCGUGGAGGGCAAGAUACUUGGAAGCUCCGUUUCCAUGGCGCUUUCCGAUUUCUACGCCGUUAAUAGUGACUACAAAACAAUAGUCUCUCUUUCAGUCAGAAACUCUCGCGGGGAACCUAUCCUUGCUCUUGCUUCUGCUGUUGAUCUGCUGCAAACUGUAGGAGUGGAGGCGAUUAUCAGUGGGGAUUCGUUGCAGGAAACAAAGCUUUUGGCUGAGAUUGGGGAGCAAGCUAGGGUUCCUGUGAUUUCACUCAACUCUCCAGCGUCAUUGUCAUUGAGAAAAUACAGUCAUUUGAUCCAAGCGACGUAUGAUUCGUCGUCCGAGGCAAAGGGCAUUACAGCAUUCAUCCAUGGGUUUGAGUGGAAGAGUGUUGCUCUUGUUUAUGAGGAUGACGAUGACUGGAGAGAGAGUAUGCAGCUCAUGGUGGACCAUUUCCAUGAGAACGGAGUUCGUAUACAGUCCAAGGUUGGUUUUACAGUCUCUUCAAGCGAGAAAAUGAUGAUGAAUCGGUUAAGGAAGAUGAAGAAAUCGGGAACCACUGUCUUUGUGGUGCACAUGUCUGAGCUUGUAGCAACUCAUCUCUUCACAUGUGCUGGGAGAUUAAGAAUGAUGGGUGAAGGCUUUGCUUGGGUCCUCACUGCCAAAACCAUGAACAGCUUACAAGGAAGAAACGGCCACGAAUAUGCAAAAGAAGCAAUGGAAGGUGUGGUUGGUUUCAGGUCUUACAUUCCAGUGUCAAAUGAGCUUCACAACUUCACUGCAAAAUGGAGAAAAACACUGCCUCUUGAAGAGGCUGUUGGGACUGAGAUAACUCGGUUUAGCAUCUCUGGCGUAUGGGCUCACGAUUUCGCUUGGGCGCUGGCGAGAGCCGCAGAGUUUACAAGGAUGCCAAAUGUAUCAUCAACUCUUCUUGAGGCUGUCAAAGAGUGUAGGUUCAAGGGUUUGAGUGGUGACUUCCAUAUCAAGCAUAAGAAGUUGUUGUCCAGCAAGUUUGAGAUUGUGAAUUUGAUAGGAUCAGGUGAGAGAAGGAUAGGAUUUUGGAACUCUAAUGGUAGUUUCAGUAAUACAAGACAUUUGUCUUCUUCUACUCAUAACAAUUUGGAGACUAUUAUCUGGCCCGGUGGGACUAUUCAAAGUCCGCAAGGGCGCAAACUAGAAGAAAGAAAGAGAAAAACACUGAGAGUUCUGGUCACAUCUAGCAACAGGUUCCCAAGACUGGUGAAGGUGGCGACUGAUCCAGUAACAAAAAAAGUAACCGCUGAAGGGUUUUGUAUAUACGUCUUCCGAGCUUCCAUUAGACCUUUCAACUAUGAAGUGGAAUUCAUACCUUGGCGCAAUGGUAGUAACUACGAUGAUCUUGCAUAUGCACUUAGUAGCCAGAAAGACAAAUAUGACGCGGCCGUGGGAGAUAUUACAAUCACUUUUAAUAGAUCAAGUUAUGUUGAUUUUACAAUGCCGUUCACUGAAAUGGGUAUUGGUAUUGUAGCACCAAAAGAGAGAAGUAUGUGGGUGUUUUUGCAACCUCUAACACCACACCUUUGGUUAACAACAGGAGCUUUCUUUGUCUUGACGGGUGUUAUAGUUUGGUUGAUUGAAAGACCUGAGAACAAAGAGUUUCAGAGAUCUUGGUCGAAACAGAUUGGAGUUAUCUUUUGGUUUGGCUUCUCUACCCUUGUUUAUGCGCACAGGGAGAAGCUAAAACACAACUUAUCAAGAUUUGUAGUUACAGUUUGGGUAUUUGCAGUGCUGAUACUGACAACGAGUUACACUGCAACAUUGACAGCAAUGAUGACGGUGCAACAGAUACGAUUCAACUUCAACAAAAACCACGUUGGUCACCUUUUUGGAUCAGAGGUCGCAAUGGCUGCCUUCCACAAUCCCGGAAACCACGUAGCGAGUAUGAAGGGUCUUAGUACUUCUGAAGAAUAUGCUAAAUUCUUGUUGAAUAAAACUGUCACAUUUGUUGUUCAUGAGUUGCCAUACCUCAAAGUCCUCCUUGGAGAGAAUCCUGCAAAGUUUUUCAUGGUCAAGACAAAAUGUACCACCAGUGGUUUCGGAUUUAUGUUUCAAAAGGGUGACGAGUUGGCGCCUAAAGUGUCCAGAGAAAUCUCGAAGCUGAGGGCAAAAGGGAGGCUAAACGAGAUUGCGAAACGAUGGCAUGAGAUUCCACUUCCAUUCACAGCAGAUGAUACAUCAAAUCCUAUAACCCUUGACAGAUUCCACGGUGUGUUUAUGAUCACUGGAGUUUCUUCAGCUUUUGCUCUUGGAGUACUUCUCAUUCACUGGCUCCGAGAUAGAUGGGAGUGCCGCGUGAAUAGUAUGUCAUGGUUUUAUCCUGUGAAUUGGUUCAACAUAUUCCUCUCGCAACGACUAGUACAUCUCAGGAUCCUAAGAACUAUCCAUCCUAGUCCCCUCGAUGACCCCAUUAGCAAGAAUGCGGUUCAAAUGGUUCAAAGUAACAUUCAUAGCAUCCUUAAUACAAGUGCUCAUGUUCUUGUACAUGAGUCUAUAGCUUAAAGAUAUCAAUGCAUCUCUUGACAUGUCCUUAACAAAAUUCUUGGCAGUAAAAUCACUAAUU